GUUAACUUCCUUCUUUUACAUUCACACACAUACCGGUCUCAGAGUUUGCAGUUAAGCUAGUAAAAUGACAUCAAUCUAUGAAAAUUCCGCUAUCACUCGUCCUUCGAACAACAAGCACUCGCAUUUUCAAGGUAACCCCACAGUUCAGUGCGAGAGAGAAGUUGCCUCCUCUAAGUGGACUAAAGUUCCUCUGAUAGUUCUCGUUGUGUCACUGGUUUUUGCUCUCGGGGGCGUCUGUAUUUUCAUUUUGAACAAGUCUUGUGUAUCAGACUCUGAGAAAGAGAUUUUAGCCAAGUACCACAUAGUUAAAGAAUGUCUCUCCUCUUGCACUGAAUUCAAAGCUCCGUCUUGCAAACCCUGCAAGGAGGGCUGGACAGCAUAUAGUGGAAAGUGCUACUUCUUCUCCAACGUAAAGCAGACAUGGUUUGAGAGUCAUGAUUCGUGUGCAGCAUCACAAGCCCAUCUGGUCAUAAUAGACAGUAAAGCAGUACAGGAUUUUCUGGUCUCUGAAAUUCAAGAGACUCACUGGAUUGGUCUGAAUGAUCAGGACACAGAGGGACAGUGGAUUUGGGCGAAUAACCAAACUCUAAAUGAAACAGGAGUAGAGUUCUGGUACAGGAAGUCUUCUGUUUCAAGAGAACCGGAUAACUGGAGGGAAGAUAAUCCUUUAGGAGAGAACUGUGCUUGUGUGGGAUAUGAGCAUGACUUUUUACAUUUUUGGUUUGAUGCCUCUUGCAAAUACAAAAAAAAGUACAUUUGUGAACAGAAAUAUUCAUUUUAAUAUUCAGCUAAAAGAGGAUCCCUGUUACUACACACAGUUUUAAAAGUUAUCAGCUGUCUGAUUAAAGUUGUUUCCAUAUGAUCUUUCAUUGCUCUUACCACUAGGU